AUGGCUUCCGUGACUGUGAACCCGCUCGCAGCGCUGGCUCCUCAGUUUGGUCAUCCGGACCUCUUGCAGAGAUUGAGCACGAUUGAAGCCCAAUUGGCUAAGCUGAGUGAACCGGAAGGCCAGGAACAAAGCAUCUCGUCGAUACCUAUUUCACCCAUGUCCACAAUCAACCGUACGCCUACUUCCAAGAAGAGCACUACAGGCAGCUAUUCAGCUUUAUGCUCCUACCAAAGUGCCUCACAUUUGCCAUCCUCGCGUCUUCAGUGCGAUUCUCAGAUCACGCGUACUUCUCAGGCCGCACCCACGACGCGAUGGAGGGGUAUGCGAGACAAGCUUGGUUCCAUUAUUGACUUUACUGCUGGUCGAACAAGCUCUGGGUGGUUAAAGAUUGGCCUUGCAGUACGCAUCUGCCAGGAUCUACAACUCAUGAACGAACCAAACCCCAUGCUCCCUAUCGUCGAACAGGAGGAGCGAAGACGCGUCUUUUGGUCCGUCUACCUUCUCGAUAAACUCGUAUCCUGCGGGCGAGCGCGCCCACCAGCCAUCGCCGAUGAGGAUUGCCAUGUCCAACUGCCAUGCGAAGAGGAAGUAUUCAGAACCGGCACUUGGAAACAAACCCCCACGCUCCAUCGACUUUUGAACUGGGACGCUGAUCUUGGUGAGAUCCGGGGAUAUUUUACGCUUGCUAUUCUCGUCGCUUCAGCUCUCGGACGAUGUGCCAGAUACGUCCUUCAUCAACGUGAGAUAGACGACACUUUACCCUGGGACUCGAGAUCAGAGUUUGCAGCUAUAAACUCCUUCCUCCUGCUGAUCGAGCAGCAUCUGCAGGUUGAAGAAGUCCCCAUCGAAGACAUUAUAUCUCAGAACAAACUCCCCACUGGAACGCCGGACCACCAGGUUGUUGGACACGCCGUAUUUGCUCGUAUCGUCUUCCACCUCUGCCACUGUCUCAUCGGCCACCCGUUCCUCCUGGCUUUGCGUCUGCAAAACUUGAAAGUGAAGGCACCGGCGAGUUUCUUGUCCAGAGCUUAUGAAGUGUGCUGCGAUCAUGCUUCCAAGAUCCCGUCUUUGUUGCACCGUGCGCAAGAGGCGGGCUGUCAUGUCGAUGCUUCGUUCUACGCUUACUCGACGUGCGUUGCUGGUAGUAUCCUCUCCAUGUUCAUCCACGGUAAAGAGAGUAUGGGACAAGUUCCAUCUCAACAGCUUUUGGAAUCUGGACAGCACUCCCUGGAAAUCCUGGACAAAAUGGGCCAUUUCUGGGACCACGCGGCCAAGAUGCACACUCAACUCCUAAACUUUGAUACUCAUUCCCAAGACUUCGAAAAGAUGAUCGAUCCACAUACCGUUUUCGACAUAUCACCUGAUCUGGAAACGGUUCUAUGGUCCAUGGUGGAUUACGGCUCCAUGUGUGGCAGCUCAAGAACAAGAUCAAUCAGUCCCGGCGAUGGCCAGUUCUCUGUCAACAUGAACUCGCCUUCAUUCUUCAACUUUGAUGUGAACAUGACGCCACGGUCGUUUGAGUUGUCUGGAGUUGAAGGCAUAAAUGGAGCGCGACACACCAUGAGAUCUUAUGUUAUGAGCUGA